AGUUUUAUCAAGUGUUGAACUGUGUUUACUUUUGAGGCAAUUUUGAGGUUGUAUUGUAUACGAUGUCCGAUGACGCUGAGCAACAGGCUGAUGAAGUAGAAGUGUUGAAGUCUAUUUACGAUGGAGAUAAGAAUUUCAAGCAAGUAAAUGACACAACUUAUCAAUACAAGUUUACUGAAGGGGACAAAACAUUUAUCUUGGAGGUUAUUUGGGGACCUCGUUAUCCCACAGAAAAACCACAUUUGAAUUUGGAAAUAUUCUAUAACCAACACUUGUCUGCAGCUGUCAAGGAAAAAAUUAUAAAAUUGGUUGAUGCAGAAGCUGAACAAUGGAUGGGUUCUGCUAUGACAUAUACUCUAUUUGAGUUUCUGAAGGAGAAGAUGACAGAAGUACUUUCACAGGAAGCCACUGAGGUUAUUACAGCAAAGGUUGAGAAGAUUGCUAUUCAAGAUCAGGCAGAAAGUAGUAAAAAGACAGAGAAAAAGGAGCAACUGAGUAAGUCACAGAAGAGACGGGCCUGGGACAGAGCUGAGAUGGGCCGUGGUGGGGAGAAGCCGCGUGGAUGGGACUGGAUUGAUAUUGUUAAACAUCUGUCUCAUGUGCCGCACCAGCCAUCCUGAAUGUGCAAUUAAAAAUUUUAUUGUAAUUUGUGAUUGCAUCUGUAUUGGAAUCAUAAUAUGUAGUAUGUGUUUUUAUGGUAUAGAAGGACCCAUGAGUGAGUGAUUAAUGCUGUGCUUGCUCCUUUGCAACACCAGAGGAAUCAUAAGCCUUUUAGGAGAUGAGUAAAAGUAAACGCUUUAUUCACUAAUAAUAAUUAUCAGCAUUUCAGAUCCACAGUCUUUAGCUGAAUCGACUUCCCAAAAGAUUUGUUUUGAUAUUUUCCCCAAAACUAGAUACUAUUUUAAUAUAAAAGAAGCAAACAAACCAUCACAGUGGUUAGUUGUUAUGUAGAUAACAUGUCGUUAUUACAGUCAGAUGAGACUGUGAAGUCAUAUAUUUUCAAAUAUUUUUAAAUUAAUUAUGUACAACGUUAAUGUUUAAGUUUUCACUUCUACCGGCACUCCCGGAGUGCAAUGCGUUUUUUUAUGACUUGAUGGCAAGCCAAUGUGCAAAUGCUCGCUUCGUUCCUCUGGUGUUACAAGAAACGUGAGCAGUAGUCAUUGGCUGAUUUGUAUGACUGUUUGUCCUUCUUCCAUGAAAACGCAUUUUAUCUUCAUUAUUAUACUUAUGUUAAGAUCGAAUAUGUCUCCUGCGAAAUUGCUCGUUACUUUAAUGUGAAAGAAACAACAGAGGAACACAUCACAGGAUAAGAAGAUGACAUUAUUACUGGCAACCACGGGAUGAGAAUGGCAAGGCAAUUCGUACAAACGGUACUAAAUUACUUUCUGCUUGUAAAAUGAAUGUAAUGUAAAUAUGCAUGAUUUAAAAAGCUUGUGCUCUUAGUAGUUCUAACUUCAGGUCUAACUUCACCUAGAUAGAAUUUGAUUGUUAAAGAUAUAGGAAAACUAUAAAUAAUGUAGUUUUCAUUAUCAUUAGUUAUUUGGUAUCACACAUUUAAAUAAACAAACUUUUUAAAAGAUUCAAAUGCUAGUUAUUGUAACUGCACAAGCCUGUUAAAAAUAUUGACCCAGAAUGGCAGUUAACAUAGGGUUAAAAUCUAUGUAAAUGAUCAUUUUUACCCAAGUAUACGAUAUUAAAGAUCUGUCACAUUCACAUGCAUCUUAAUCUUUUAAAAAGAUUUUUAUUUAAAUAUACAGAAAUUAGUAAAUUAUGAAACAUCAAUAGUUUUCUCAAUCAUUGUACUUGUGUAGACAAAUUUUUGGUAAUCUCUAAUUUUCCUUUUUUUUAAUCUAUUCUUUAAUUUUUAUAUAAACGAUUAACUUUUAAAAUAAGCCUUGGUGUUUAUGUUAAUGUUUUAAACUGUGCAUUGUAACAGAUAUAGAAUAAAUGAAAUCUUUUCUGUUUAAAA